AUGUCAAAGGCGUUCGAUUUCGAUUUCGGGGUACCCUCCUCAUCCUCCGCAUCCUCAUACUCACCUUUUCCAUCCACUUCAUCAAUCCCUACUUGGGAUGCAAAAAGUACAAACGCCAAUACAUCGGAUAUCCAAGCUCUCCUCGACACACUACGCGGUAACCGUCUAACCACGACCGCUCAACCUCAAACUACGCACUCUCCAAGCACACAAACACAAACACAACCGCAGACACAGACGCAGACGCGCAUCGAAGACCCACACACCCUCCUCGCGAUCCUCGCGCCGCUUCUAGACGGGCUCGGACUUUUACCGCCUUUUUACCGUGGGUAUCUUGUUCGGUCUCGUUCUCGUUCUCGUUCUCGUUCUCGUUCUGGUGCUGGGAUUGGGGAAGGUGAUGUGGAUGUGGAUGGGGCGGUGGGUGUGGGUUUGGCGAGGAGGGUAGGUGGGGAGUGGAGGGGUGCUUUGGAUGCUAGUGCACGGGGAAGUGCCAGUGCAAGUGGGGGGAAGAAGAUGAAGACGAGAGAGCUUAGGGAGAGCAUUCAGAGGGUGCAAAGGGUAUUAUUGGAGGACGUCGUGCCGACAUGGAGCGCUGAGCUCGUGCGCAUGCGCAUGCGUCCAGGCGAAAGCACCAGCAAAAGUAAAAGUAAAGGUAAAGGUAAAAACACAAACACAAACGCAGACGCAGACGGUCUAGCGCUCCUCGACCAGUUCUUCUGUCCCGACGCGUUUGUCAAUGCGUCGCGCGCUGCGGGGGAGGUGGCGCGUGCGGCGUAUGCGACGUUUGUGUCGGUGCCUGCGUCUGUGUUGGUGUCUUCUGCCUCCGCCUCUGCCUCCGGGGUAGGGACAGGGACAAGGACAAGGACAAGGACAAGUGGUGCUGGUGAUAACUAUGCGCUGCGUAUCCUCGCGCGGCUUGUGGUCGAGUACCCCGUGGAUAGACUUUACACCGCCGUCUUCCCCUCUUCAGUCACAGGUGCAGGAGUAGGUGCGGGUGUAGGUAAAACCCCAGCAAGAGGAGGAGGAGGGGGAGGAGGAGGAGGAGACACCGCCGUGCAGAAUGUGGACUGGGAGGACUGUGUCCGCGACGCGUGUAAAGUGCCUGUGGUCGUCGCGAAUGCUCUGGGCGCUCUACCUGACGCACAGCGGCGGCGCUGGAUGGAGGAGGAAGGGGUUUUCCCGGGUGUACUUGAGCACGCGGAGUACUUUGAUCGGAUGAGUGGGCGGGUGGAGGUGCUGCUCGGUGCGUUAUCUUUUUCAGGGGGUGGUUCAAGUACCACUACAGCACUAGAACCGCUCACGUAUCUACUAACAAAACUCGUAAAUCAAGGCGUGUUCCCUGCGCACCCGCCGACCGCGCGCUCGCAGCCGUCCUUCUUCCGCGCGUGUCUCCCCGCCGUACGCGCGCGGCUCCGCUCAGCGCUCUCCUCGUCGUCGGAGUCGGGCACAGCGUACUCCGCGACGUGGACGAAGCUCUUUCAGAACAUUGCGUCUAGCUCGGGUAUAACGCUCCAAUCCAUUCUCGCAUCGCUCUUCGGGGGGCUCUUCUCCUUCCCCUCCCCCUCCUCCACACCAACACCCACCAACAAAUACCACACACUAUCCCCAACGCCCGCAACGCGCGGACACAUCAAACGCACCGGCGCGCUCCUCCACUUCCUCCUUGGCCCUCCUGAUUCGGAGCGUACGCCAGCGCUGUGGCAGAUCGCGACGAGCUUGGUUGGCACUCGUGAUUGGCCUGCUGGCGAGAUGCAUGCGCGGGCGUUUGUGGCGUGGGUGUCGGGGGCUUGUUUGCCUUUGGGUUUGGGUUCGUCGGUGGUGGGGGCGAAGGGGGCGGCGGGGGUAUCAGCGAAGGGGCGGGUGGAUGUGAAAGGCACUGUAGUUCUAGACGCGUUUUUAGGCGCUGUGUUGGAUGUAUGGGCGUCCCCGGAGCAUAUCAAACAUUCGCUGCUCUCGCGACAUAGAUAUACAACAGCGCUCCUGCUCCUAACCAUAUCCUAUUUCCCCUCUUCAUCCUCUUCUUCGUCGGGGGGAGCACCGGCAGCAGCACCACAAGUCCAGAACCUCGUCUCCUCGCCCCCAUUCAUAUCCGCUGUCGGGACGUACAUCGCGCACCUCGACCCGGCGGUGCGGAGGUGCGGCAUGCUUGUUGCCGAGGUCGUCGCGCAUCUGUGUGCGCGCAAGCUCGAUUUUGGCGGGUGGGAUGUGGAUAGUGAGAGUGGUGGUGGACGCGAUGGUGAUAGGGGCAAGGAGAGUGCGGAUCGUGAGGGGUUGGAGUGGUGUAAGGAGAUGAGGGCGUUGAUUCGCGAGCGGGAUGUGGAUGCUGAGGUUGCUGGUGAUGAAGAUGCACCCGGAGAGAAAGGAGAUGAAGAGGAGGAGGAGGAGGAUGUGGAGAUGGAGGAUAUAUCCACGCCAGCGGCUGCCGCUGCACAAGCAGAACGCGCAAAAGCUGCACCAACACCCACACCCGCACCUGCACCCGCGCGCGCGACGUUCCUGCCCAAGCCCUCGGACAGGUACGACUCGGACGACUCACUAACAGGCUACGCCUCGCCGCCCUCCUCGUCCUCCUCGCGCUCCGCCUCGCCCACGCCCUCGGAGCUCGCAGAGAUCGAGAAGGACCCGACGCUCAACGUCGGGGUGAAGCGCGUCCCGCGCCCGGUGUACCUCGCGCAGCUCGGCGAGCUGCUAAGGCUUGCGGGCGGGGGCAAGGGCACGGGGCAGGGUGCAGGUAAAGAUGACCCGCAUGAUGCGGACCGUGUGCAGAUGGCGCUGGACUGCGCGGAGGGGCUUAUUAGGCGGAAGCGCGGGUAUGGGACUGAGCUCGAGGAAAAUGCGGUGGACUUGGUGCAUGGGUUCCUGGCGUUGCAGGAUAACUUUGACCUGGAUGGGUUCUCGGAGAAGAGGCAGGCAGCGCUGAACGCUCUAGUUGCAUGCGCGCCGACAAAAGCGACACCAACGCUGAUCCAGGAAUUCUUCAAAAACCAGUACUCGACGGACCAGCGCUUUGCUGCGCUCAAUGCACUUGCCAUGGGUGCGCGCGAGCUCGCAGAUAUGCCUGUUCCGCCCACACCAUCGACGAGUAACCCUGCGCGUAUCGCAUUCCCUAGCAAGCUGCUCCCAAGUCACCUGCAUAACAAAUAUAUAUCUGCCAGCGACGUCGGCGGAAAUACAGGCGUGAGGAGCAUAAUGGACAAAGCAGACAGAACGCUGCUGCCAAAGAUGGUUGAGGAACUCACAUCAGAGGCGUUGGCCGAGCACCGCGACGAAGCGAGCAAAGCAGCAGCAGGCGGCACACCCGCGCUCAUCCGCGAACGCCGCCUGCGCGUGCAAAAACCCCAGCUCGUGUCCGAAAUCACCUCGUCGACAAGCACACCCUUGAACCCGUUCUCGCGCGCCGAGUUCCAGACACAACCGCCCGCGCCGGCGAGGAGCGCCGUGAAAUUCAUCGACAUCGCAGCGGAGCACUUCAUUCUCCCGCUCAUCUCCUCCUUCUGGGCGUUCCUGCGCGACUCGCAGGCGCUCGAGCGGCGCACGGCGCAUCUUUCCGGGCGCGGGCGGUACCGCGGUGCAGGGACGGGGCUCAUCCUCAACCCGAUGGUGCUUGCGCAGCUCGUGCGCACGCUCGCGGUGCUCGUGCACGCCUCGCGCAAUGCGAAGGAGUGGCUGGCCGUCGUCGCUCCGGACGCGCUCGAGGUGGGCGUCACGCUCGGCACGCGGCCGGUAUCGAGUAUGGAGGAGGAUGGCGGGGACGACGACGAUGCUGCGCCCGAGGAUGCACGCGCCAACGAAUCUGGGCCGAGUAAGGAGGCGGCGCUGCUGACGGCGACGCUGGAGCUUGCGCUCGUUGUGCUCGACGGCGCGCUGGAGCUGGAUGGCGGGCGGGUGUUGGGGCUUGAGCAUACGGCGCUUGUUCUUGGGGUUGGAGAGUGGGCUGGUAAAGUGUUUUCUAGCCUGGAGCGCGGUUUGCGGGUGCAAGGCGGAGGCGGGGCGCAUGAGGCCAGGCUGAGCAGGGCAGCGGCUGGAGUGGUCCUCAAGGUAGACGAGCUCACGUCGAAAUGGAGGAGAUCUAUGAUAGAUCUAUAG